UUUACGAAAUGAAAUGAGUAAAGUUAUGGUUCUGUCAAAUGUAUGUUCUGUUAUUUGCAUCUGACUUUAUUUAUUUUGGAUUUUCGAUAUGUGCUCUCACAAUAGAAAAAUGCGCUAAAGAUAAGGAAGUGAACAUUCUGGUCGAAACUGUGAUUGUAACUUGUAAUGAUCUUAGAACUGGUGCAUUUUUUAAGUAGCGAAGAAAUAGAUCAAUGCAGGCUCUAGACCGUGCUAUUCUUCGACCUCAGGUUCGAUUGGAUAGUAAAUGGUUGAAAAUGGAUCUACAGGCUGCUUUUAAAAAAGACAGUCUGCCAGACCUAUGGAAUGAAAUGGUGAAGGAUGGAGAAUUGCUCUUUGUUGAAGAUGGUAUGGAAGUUGGUUGGAAGAUCCCAAAACAAGAUGGGAUGUCAAAGUCUAACUCGUGCAACUGUAGUGACACUAAUGAAGGUUUAGCCAGUCAUAUCUGUCACCAGAUGGAAAAAGAUGAUUAUAAUUGUUACGAUAAGAGAGAGAAAGAUCAGAGUUCAAAAUCAGUCAUUGACAGGUGGACUUGGGGUCCUCAACCAGAUAUAUCCCAGCUAAAAGCAUGCCUUCAUUCCUUGAUUAGAGAACAGUGUAACCUUAGUGCUGAAGCAGCAAGCUCUACACUUUCUUUCACGUGUCUGCGUCAGCAACUUAUUGUUACUCAACGCUACAUAACUGCACUAGUCAGGCGUAAACCACAGAUAGAAAGUAAGCUUACAUCACGAAGCUUUCCAGGAACUUUAUGUAUUCAAGAUGGAAGAAGCAGCAAGUCUUCAGAACAACCAACUGUUAGUCUAGCACGAAUAGGCUGCAGGGCAGCUUUGAGUUUUGCUUUUGCCUUUCUGAGACGAGCAUGGCGAUCAGGAGAAGAUGCUGACCUUUGCAGUGAGCUUCUAUCCGAGUCACUUGAGGCCUUAAGGACUUUACCAGAAGCAACACUUUUUGAUGAAAGUACAGUAUCACCUGUUUGGUUAGAAGUUGUAGAGAGAGCUUCAAAAUUCCUUCGUUCUGUCGUACUUGGAGAUAUCAAUGUUGGAACAGGUAGUUCUCGGGGUUGUGGGCAAGUUCCUGUACCUGAUCAACAAGUUGCUCUUGCCUUGCUGUUAGAGCUAGCAGUACAGAGGGGAUCUUUGAGUCACAUCCUCAAUGUUGUGUUAUUAUUGUUAGAACUUUGGGAUUCUGGCAAAUGUAAACAAGAUAACCGGGUUAUAGUGCAUGGAACAAGUGCUCCCUUGGUUCCAUUACUCAGGAGAUUUGACACUAUAACCAGCUUAAAAUCUAAAACUCCAGAACCAGAAAAUUGUGAUGAGAAUACACCAGCUAUUGUGAACCCUACAGAAUGUUUCCUGAAGUUUUUGGUAAUACCUGAAGAUGAUACAUAUGCAGUUGACCUACGAGAGACUGCAGUGGUGGUUAUGUCCCAUUUGGAUCGACUUGCAAAACCGUACCUUCCAAGUGGAGAUAGUUCAAUGUGCCCUACUUCUACAUCAAGUCAAGAAGUCUAUUGUUGGGGUUCUCUGGGGUGGAAUGUUGCCCAAACAGGAGUUACUCCACAGCUCUGUGAGGCUAUUUCUGAAGUUGGGGUUGCUCAGCUUAGUUGUGCAGAAUCUUGUUUGUUAAUUCUUAGCCAGUCAGGAAGGGUUUACACUACUGUUUAUAACAGUGAGGUCAUGUGUCUUCAGUUAGUGGAAGGGCUUUUAGACAAGGAGGUUGUGAAAAUUGCUAGCCAUCCUGAUGGAAAGCAUUACCUUGCUUUAACUAGUGAAGGAGAAGUCUAUUCAUGGGGAAAUGGAGAUGGGGGUCGUCUUGGUCAUGGAGAGAAUUCCAGGGAAGAUCCAGCUCUAAUCCAAGGACUAUGUGGAAAGUUUGUUACACAUGUUUCCUGUGGCAGUGCCUACAGUGCUGCCAUCACUGCCAAUGGCGAGCUGUACACCUGGGGAAGAGGAAACUAUGGACGACUUGGACAUGGCACCAGUGAAGAUCAUAAUACACCAACACUGGUGAUAGCCUUGAAAGGUCAUGUUGUGGUUGAUGUGGCUUGUGGUAGUGGUGAUGCACAGACUCUGGCUGUCACUGAUUCAGGUACUGUAUUUUCUUGGGGUGAUGGUGAUUAUGGAAAACUUGGCCGAGGAGGAAGUGAUGGAUGCAAAACUCCUAAAAUCAUUGAUAAAUUACAAGGCCUAGACAUUAUAAGAGUUUACUGUGGAGCCCAGUUUAGUCUUGCAUUAACGAAAAGUGGAGUAAUAUAUUCAUGGGGAAAAGGUGACAACCAUCGAUUAGGCCAUUCAAGUGAAGAACAUGUGCGUUUCCCUAAAGUAGUGGAACUUCUAAGCAGUAAAAAAGUUGUGGACCUUUCUGUGGGUACAAGUCACUGUGUAGCACUGACAGAGAGUGGAGAACUCUACUGUUGGGGUCGUAAUGACCAGGGUCAGCUUGGGGACUACAGUGGAACUGAGCCAGCUGAAAUGACUGCUAUAGGGGGUAAAAAUAUCAUUGGUGUUACCUGUGGACCUGCCCAGACAUUUUUAUGGUCAACCAGUGAACAAGCAAGCUUGGGUUUACGAGUACCCUUUGUAGUGGAUGUCUGCAUGUCCACUUUUGAACAGCUAGAUGAAUUACUAACCCAAGUGUGUGAAGGGCUUGAUGGGAAUAGUGACUGGCCACCACCUCAGGAAAAAGAAUGCAUUGCUGUAGCUGCCCUUAAUUUAUUAACAUUGCAGCUGUAUGCUGCUAUCUCAGAGGGAUUAGAUGUUGAGAGCCUUGGGCUGUUUCCAGGAAGCAAACUGUUAGCCAGUGUGAAACAGAGGGUUGUUGACUUGGCUAGUAAUGCAGGAGUUAUUCCAUCUGUUCAGCAUGAAGCACAACGGGUGCUGCAGACAGGCUGGUGUGUUUUAUUACCAACUGCUGAUGAAAGAGCUCGAGCUUUAUCAGCCUUGCUUCCAACAACAGGAGAUGGAGCUUGUUCUAAUCCAGGAAGAACAUUCAUGACAGAUUUAUUGGUUGGCAGCUUGAUGGCAGAUGGAGGAUUAGAAUCUUCAUUGUUUACAGCUGUUAAGGUAGAAAUUCAAGAAAUUGAGGAUCUCAGGGAGAAAGAAAUUGACAAAGACAAAGACUCUGAUAAAGAUGCACACAUGACAAGCAGUGCUGAGCAACUUAUGACAAAUCAGGCUCUCUUAGAAUCUGCAACCAAGCGAACUCAAGAAGCAUCAUCAUGUGAGGAUUCUGCAUCUAGUAUUCCACUGCUUCAUAUGGUGAAACAGUUAGUUAGAAAUAUCUCAUCACAAACAUUGUACAAACUCCAUAGCUACUUUCCAGAGAAUUUAAAUUUGUCUUCAUCACAGAAUAUUCGAGGAGAGUCAUCAGAAAGAUCAGCCUCAUUAGAUCUAUUGCUUAGGUUCCAGAGAUUGUUGCUUAGUCAGUUGUUUCCUGAUGAAGAUUGCAAGGAUAAGGCAAGAACAUCUACCUCUUCAUUAGACAUGGAGGUUAUUGGUGGAGCAAGUCUUUUGAAAAAGUAUGUGAGUUUGUUGAUUUCCCAUAUCAGUGACUGUUUGUGUGUGGCUUGUACUUUAGCAUCAUACAGUUCUUGUCACUUUGCUCUUGCUGCAAGUGUGUUAGAAAGUGAUCUAACAGGUGUUUUAUUGCAAGAACUAUUAGUCAGCCUCUUGUUGCUUGAGUUGAUGGUUCCAAAUGUAGUGCAAGAAUCAAGUGUAAUAUCUCUGUUAAAUCCACUGUUGGAUAGUCUUGACCGCUUCAAUAGGCUAGCUCCUGGUAAUGAGAAAGAGGAUGCAGAUGAUAUAGCCUGGCCUGGAUUCGUUGGAAGCACAAGAAGUCCAUCUCCAAUUCAGAGACCAUGUGAAUAUCCUAUCGUAUAUCCAGCAGACUUGGAAAAUCACAAUAAAGAUGGAGGAACAUGGCUUGUCAUUAAAGGCAAAGUGUAUGAUAUUCAUGACUUCAAAUCCAGUGCACCUUGUGGUCUAGAAACUCUCAUGAACUAUGCUGGUCGAGAUGCAACAGUUGCCUUUGAUGCUGCAGGACAUUCUCAAGAGGCAAAAGAUAUGAUGCAGAACUUUUUAGUAGGCACAUACAGUGACCCUAGUCAAGAUUUAAUCCCAGUUACUGACCCAACCAGUCUUUCAUCACCAUUAAUUGACAGUGAGAGAACUUUGGCUUGUCUACUGGGGCUUCAUGCUCACAAUCAGACUGUUGGGCCACCGCUAGAACUGUGUGAAGAGGAGUCCAGGCAGUGGUUAGAUAGUCAACUUCUAUCUGGAGGACUAGAAAUUCUCCAACCACCAAAUCCUUUUGAAGAAGAAAAAGGAGAAGCAAGGAGUACAAGUUCAAGUGGAGCAACUCCAGUAUCAGGGAGUACCCCUACAGAAGCCAAACCACUUCCUCGGACUGAACUUGUUCCAUCACUUGCAACAGCAUCUCUAAAUGGCCAGGUUGGCCCAUUUUUGCAGUCUUUGGCUGAGGUUCGUUUGCAAGAUCCUCUUGUUUCAUCUUUCUUGCAAAUAGUAGAAGGUUUCAUGAAACAACAAAAUCUAGUCCUGCAUAUGGAUUUUCCUUCAGAACAUCCUGUGGAAGAAGUAGGGAGACUGAUGUUAGCUGUGCUACUGAAACACCUAGGUUUGGGAAAUAUGACACUCAUGCUUGCUAGGCAAGCUUUGUCUUCAGGUUUUAAUUCUGAAUGUGUGGAUAAGCUACCAGUGCCACUUGAGAAUGUAAUACGAACAGUUCAACAGGUCAAAUGGUCACUGAUUAAGGCACGCCAAGAUUUGAGUGGCUCGUAUAAAGAAGUAUGUGCUCCAGUAUUUGAGCGUGCUCAUUUUUUGUUCUUUGAGCUUCGACCAGCAAAUAGUUCAGAAGUUCGUGCAUUUUCCAAGCUUAAGAUCCUAAAUACAGCCCCUAAAUGGAGAUCUAUUACUCAUCGCCUGAUUCGAGAUCAGAGGAGGAAUAAAGAUAUGAAUAAUAAAAUCAGUGAAGACCCAAAUGAAGUAAAAAUGGAGCAAACCAAAAAUAGCCAGGAAGAUGGAGAAACUAAAACCAAAAAGGCUGUUGAAACAUUGACUAUGACUUCACUAACAGAUGAAGUCAAAAAUAAGUCUCUUUCUGAUACGGGAACUUGGGACAAGCUUAUUAUAGAAGACCAAGAUGCUAUAAUGAACCAGUUGGUUGAUUUUGUUCUUCAGGAUGAGAUGGUGAUUGUAGAAUCAAUAAGAAAAGCCUUAUACUCUCAAGUACACAGGGCAAAAAUUCGACAAAAAGGACUUGAAUCAAUACUAAAUCUGUUAGAAAGAGAUCACCUUAUUCCAUCAGUAAAGUAUGCAUUACUGAAUGGUUGGCAAGGUAUCAUAUCAGCUGGAUUAAUUAAAAGCCAGUUGACCCCACACUGUCUGGAGAAUGUAAACUGCAUUCCACCUUAUGAUCGAGUCAUGUUAGAACUUGCUUCAGCAGCUUUGUUAUCCCGAAUAACUACCAAGUUUCGAUCCUUAGUACUUCAAGCUGAAACACAGUGCCUACAGUCAAGGAUAUCAAGCCAACAUUCUUCUUGUGGGGCUGUGAGUGGAGCUAUCAAUAAACAUGCAAGAAACAAAACUGCUCUCAACAGGGAGAUAGAAAUGGGACUUACUAGUAUCUCUCUUAUGAAAUCUACUGUUUGGCCUUCUGCACGAUUUUUGUUAUCAACUCUGUGUAUGUUAACUGCAGAUCAUCAUGCUCCAGAGAUCAGCCUGCUUUUAAAUUCUGGAGCCUUAGCUCUCACCCAGACAUUAUUAAGACUACUGGGUCCAGAUCCAAAUGGUGUUCCAGAAGACAAGAACUCUACUUUAUGUGCUGUUCUUGAAGAAACUGUAAAACGACCAAAACCACCACCACCACCUAUGUCAGGACCAGAGUUAGCUUCUAUGAUGAAAAUAGGUACGCGUGUGGUGCGGGGAAUUGAUUGGAAGUGGGGAGACCAGGAUGGUCCUGCUCCUGCAGAGGGUCGUGUAAUUGGUGAACUGGGUGAAGAUGGCUGGAUACGUGUCCAGUGGGACAAUGGUUCAACAAAUUCAUACAGAAUGGGUAGAGAGGGAAAGUAUGACUUAAAGCUUGCUGAUCCUCCUUCCCAGCCAGAAUCUGACACCAGUUCUGAUGCUGAGGAUGAGGAAGUGACAGUUGCUCCUGCAUCUUCUGGACAGCCACAUCAGAUGCUUCAUCAGUCUUGUUUGUUAUUGCUUCGUACCCUCUCUGUCUCUACUGGACUUCAUGGUGACUCGACUCAACAGGAGGCUGUUAAUACACUCUCUGGGCUACUCAGGUCCCUUGUUGUAGCUGGUUAUAAGCAGAUACCAGUAACACCAGGCUUGGAAGUUUCCUGGCUAGGAGAGGAACAACAUCAUGAAUGGGCAACAAUGGGGUUUAUUCGUGGUAUAGCUGUCAGCACUAGCAUAUGCCAUGCUCUUAGUAAUCCUGCUUGGAUUUCACUUUUAUUUAAAAUUAUUUCUGGAGCUCAGCAGACUGUUAGUCUAUCCACUCAGUUUCUCUUCAAGAUUCAAGCCUUGAGGCUACUGCAAACCAUUUUACCAACUUGGAUUCAGGAUACCUACUCAGCAGAAAGACACACAAUUGUAACUCAGUUGUGUACAUUAUUGGGUCAGACUCUAGUAUCUUGUGCUACAGAUCCUGCUCUUCAGUCUGUAGAUAUUGCAAGAAAAGGGAAACGUAUGGCUCGAGCAAGAGUGUCUUUAACAGCCUCUCAUUGUAGCACAGUAAGUGAAGAAUGUGUCUCCUUAUUACGACAGUUACAUCUACAGCCUGCUUGGAAUAUUUGUAUUAAUGACUUCCUGUGUAGUCAGCUGACUCAACUUUCUGGCCAAAUACAGCAGAGUAUUGUUCAGGUUGAAGAAAAUAUUUUUUACAGUGGUCACACUUUUAACCUGGCAGCUCUAUCAGUGUUGGGUGGGGUUGAUUCUCGCUUACGACUUGGUGGAACAGCAUUAAAUGUGGAUGAUGGUGUUGGUACUGUGGCACGAAUAUCACCCACUGGAAAAAUCAUUGUUCAUAAUCACCAAAAACAAGUUCUUAUCAAAUAUCCACUUAAUCAACUUAAUCCUGUACCUGGUCUAGUUUUUAACCUACAUAAACUGCCACGUACAGAAGAAAUGAUGGUAACAUGGGCAUCAUUGAUCUGUCAAGCUGUAACUCCCCCCAGCAAAGUAGAUACUGACACAAGAGCAAUGAUGACUCACAGUACUUCUUCAGUUGGAAGUGAAGUAGGAGGAAUCAGUAUGAAACUUCUACAGCAACAGCAGAUCCUCUUAGCUUUACUGAAAGGGACGAGAGUGUUGUUUGGCAACCAAGAGCUUUUACGACAAAUUUUGCUUCAGUCUUGCAGCCUUGACUCUUCCCCUCUUGAAGCCUUGGCUACAGCUAGUAUUGAAGCUGUGGGACCAACUUCAUUGACACCCCUUGCUGCCUCCACAUCAUCAAUUGAGGAAAGUUUCAGUGAGGCAUCUCCUCUACCACUUCUUAUCCAACAUUUGACUUCAAUAGCCACUCAGCCUUCUCCAUUAAAAGCAAUUUUCCCUAAAGAAGAACUAGAGGCAUCAUGUAUAGCAGUUCUCCAGUAUUUGACAUCUGAAGCGACACGACCUGCUCAGCGCCCCACUCAGAAGGAUCUGGACAAUGCUCAGACCCCUACUAGUGAUGCAGGAAGUAGUAGUAUGGGAACUGACAACUCAGUUGAGCAACCUGAGAUACCAGUGGCCCCACCGAAGCCACGUAAGGCUCGCAAUAAAGCUCACACUCCACCACCACCACCCAUACCUGCUGUUCAGCAGUUGAUGGAAAUGGGUUUUCCAAGACGUAAUGUAGAAGUAGCAGUUAAAGCACUGUCCACAAGUUCAGGAGGUACUCCUAGUGCAGAAGCCCUUGUCAGUUGGCUUCUUGAACACCAAGAUCAGGUGGUUGACUUGUCUGAUGAUGAGAGUUUUACAUCAUUUGAAGGAUUUUCAGACUCAGAUUCUUUCUCUGAAGAUAUGGAAAUGGAAGCAAUGUUACAGCCAGUCAAUCAUGAUACUUAUAGAAAGAGAAGUGACUUCCUCAGUAAUGAUGAAUAUGCUCUUUACAUUUGUCACCACAUACAACCUGGAAUGUGGGUACGAUGUUGUCGAACUUAUGAAGAAGUUCAUGAGAGUGAUGUUGGUCGUGUUGUUACUUUGGACAGAGAUGGGCUUCAUGAUUUAAAUGUGCAAGUGGACUGGCAAAGAAAAGGUGGAAUUUACUGGGUACGAUACAUCCAUGUAGAACUUUUGGGCCAUUCACCUCCACCCACACCAGUGUAUCCUGGCCAGAGUGGAAUCUCCAAUACCUGUAGCACUUCUGAGCCAAUAAAAGUUGGAGACCGUGUGAGAGUUAAAAGUUCAGUUUCAACUCCUCAAUAUAAGUGGGGCUCUGUCAACCACAACAGUAUUGGAGUUGUAACAAGUAUCAGCCCCAGUGGAAGAGAUGUCACAGUUGAUUUUCCUCAACAGUCUAAUUGGACUGGACUUGUUUCAGAAAUGGAGAGGGUUCCAAGUAUUCACGAGCGAGUCACAUGUGAUAGCUGUCAAACAUAUCCUGUCAGUGGCCCAAGAUACAAAUGUCGUGUUUGUCACAACUUUGACUACUGUGAAAACUGUUUUAAAAGCGGUCAGUCUCACAGACAUCCCUUUAGCCGUAUCAAUGAUCCUGGUGGAACACCAAUAUAUGUUGGUUACCCUGGUAAGGUACGACACAGAGAUAGAGAAGGUGUUCCAGUAUCUUUAACUAUCAACGGCUACAUUGAAGAGUGGUCCCAGUGUGUCAGAAAUCUUACUGUUUCUUCACGUGAAAAUUGGGCUUACAGACUAAUUGAUGGCACCAGAUCUUUCUGGCAAAGUUGUGGGUUUCAAGGCAAGCAUUGGAUAAGACUAGAGAUGCAACCAGAGGUUCUUGUCCAUCGUCUCAGAAUGAUGAUCGACCCAGCAGAUUCAAGCUACAUGCCUUCUUUAGUGGUAGUUAGUGGUGGUCCAUCAGUUUCUUGGUUGAAGGAGCUCAGGACUAUUCAUGUUGGCUCGACAGAGACUUUGGUUACUCUUCUGUCUGAACUUUCUGAGUACUAUCGAUUUAUUGAGAUUGCCAUCAAACAGUGUCGAAGCGGAGGAAUAGAUUGCAAGAUUCAUGGAUUGUCUGUCAUUGGACGGUUACGCACAGAUGAUGAUGAUUUAGCUGCUAACUAUCCAUUUCUGGCCUCAGAUGAGGAAGAAUUUGAAGAGGAAAAGCCUGUGAUACUAGGCUCAGCAAGUCGGGCUCGAGGACAGGCUACCCAGGAUUUGCAGACAAAGGUUCUAGUGUGGGGGCUAAAUGACAAAGAUCAACUUGGUGGCCUGAAAGGAUCAAAGAUUAAGGUGCCUACUUAUUCAGAAAUGUUGUCUUCAUUAAAGCCUGUCUAUAUCAGUGGUGGAUCCAAAAGUCUUUUUAUCGUUUCUCAUGAUGGGAAAGUGUUUGCUUGUGGAGAAGGGACAAAUGGCAGGCUGGGCCUUGGCCAUUGUAACAAUGUGUCGAUACCUCGCCAGGUGACACUGUUGAGCCAGUUUGUCAUCCGAAAAGUUGCUGUUCAUUCAGGUGGUAGACAUGCUUUAGCUUUAACUGUGGAUGGAAAAAUUUUCUCUUGGGGAGAAGGGGAUGAUGGAAAACUUGGACAUGGAAACAGAGUGACACAAGAUCGGCCAAAACUCAUUGAAACUUUGAAGUCAAAGAGGAUCAGAGAUGUUGCUUGUGGUAGCUCUCACAGUGCAGCCAUAACAUCAAAUGGAGACUUGUAUACCUGGGGCUUAGGAGAGUAUGGCCGACUUGGACAUGGAGACAACCUGACUCAAUUGAAACCCCGUCAGGUACUGGCUCUUAGUGGGCAACGAGUGAUUCAGGUGGCUUGUGGCAGUCGAGAUGCUCAAACUCUUGCAUUAACUGACGAUGGUCUGGUGUACAGCUGGGGAGAUGGAGAUUUUGGGAAGCUAGGUAGAGGAGGUAGUGAGGGCUGUAAUGUUCCUCAUAACAUAGAAAGACUGAAUGGACUUGGAGUGUGUCAGAUUGAGUGUGGCGCCCAGUUCUCAAUAGCACUGACCAAGAGUGGACAAGUUUGGACAUGGGGCAAAGGAGACUAUUUCCGACUAGGGCAUGGAUCUGAUGCCCAUGUGCGACGACCACAAUUAGUGGAAGGACUAAGAGGGAAGAAGAUAACUCAUAUAGCUGUUGGAGCACUUCAUUGUCUGGUUGUUACAGACACUGGCCAGGUAUAUGCCUGGGGUGAUAAUGACCAUGGACAGCAAGGGAAUGGGACUACUGCAGUAAAUCGUAAGCCAGCAUUAGUUCAUGGCUUAGAAGGAAUAAAAGUAUCAAGAGUUGCUUGUGGAUCUUCUCAUAGUAUAGCCUGGACAACCUCUGAAGUGCAUGUAGCACGAGUUCAUGAACCUGUACUGUUUCCAGUGGCUAAGGAUGCAUUAGGAUCUUCUUGUCUCAAAGCAACCCAAGCUGUAGCUGGAUCAAGUGGUUCUGUUUCUAUAGGGAGAAAUAAAUCUGGAGCUGUGAAGGUUAAUGGAGCUGGUAAGCUACCUCGUCCAUCUCUGUCAAAAGUGUUGCUUUCUCUAGAAUCAAAUAGUGCAAGACAGCAAGCUCUGCAACAAGUUCUGCAAGCAUUACAGAUUCUUUAUGCCAGGGAAUCAGUUGUUUCAGCUUUACUACCCCACACAGAAAUCACUACAGUGCAGGUCCAGUCCAAUACACAUGAUCGAAGUCCUAGUCCAGCUAUGAAAACAACAUCUUUGACCUCAACCACAAGUGGUAUUGUAACAGUGGCUCCAUCUUCAUCGGCUCCCGUUCACACUGAGAGUCGACAUAGCAUAAAAAGUUUACCAGUGACAAGUUUAACAGAAGAAGAAGAUCCAGCAGCGAGGGAAGCAUUUUCCUUACCUUCCUUGUCAAGUUCAAGCAGCUUAUCUUCUAAAGUAUCAUCUGUAGCAGCCAGUGUACUGGCAGCAACUUUUACCCCCACAGAUCAGGGUAACACAUUAGAGUCCAACCAAAGAAACUUGGAUAGUUUUACAUCUAAACUAUCUUCGGAUGAUGCUCGGGUCUUGGUUGACUUGUUGAAACUUGCAGUAUCUGGACGAGUUGGUGACAAAGCAAAGGAAACAAUCACAUCUGUUUUGACAGCUUUAGGGAAGGCUAAUCCCCAGGUAAGUGAAAUGCUCCUGGAAUUGUGUGUGACAGAACUAGAAGAUGUGGCUUCAGAUACGGAAUCAAGGUUGUCUGUUCCUCUCCCUGUAGUUCAGGAAUCAAGCCAUCCAUACACUGAUGAUACCACCCUCACUGGACAUGUUAAGAUAUCAGGAGCAGAAAGUCUGCGUGUUGAAUUUGACCGUCAGUGUUCUACAGAAAGGAGACAUGACCCAUUGACAAUCAUGGAUGGGAGUGGCAAAGUUGUGGCUGUCAAAUCAGGUCGUGAGUGGUCAGACUGGUCCACAGAAUUGCAUGUACCUGGCUCUGAACUUCGCUGGAAGUUUUGUAGUGACGGUUCUGUCAAUGGCUGGGGUUGGAGGUUCACUGUCUAUCCCAUCAUGCCUCCAAAUUCAGACAAAGAACUUUUAUCAGACCGUUCAGUCUUGUCACAACCAUCAAUCCAGCUUGUGAUGUGCCUAUUGGAUGCUCAACUGGAAACCAGUACAAGCUGUAAAAUAGUUUCUAGACUUGCUGCAGCCUUGGCUGCCUGUGCACAGCUUAGCUACUUAGCAUCUUCCCAAAGAAUGUGGGUACUACAUCGUCUUAGAAAAUUGAUGACUUCUGGCCUUUACCAGAAUCUCAAUGUUGACUCCAUGCUGACCAGCACUCCUUCAAGUGAGGUGGAAUGUGAUCAGUUAUCACUCGUGAAAUUACUGCCUUCUUGUGACUCUGCUUUAAGCUCGUUAGUCAAAGGAUUACCGGAAGCUUUAUUGCGCCAGUAUGAAUAUGAAGACCCUAUUGUGCGUGGAGGCAAACAUUUGAUGCACAGUGAUUUUUUCAAAGUUUUGGUUGCACUUGCAUGUGAUCUAGGUCUAGAUUCUCUACCUUGUUGUAGCGAGAAUCAUCGCUGGUUGUGGUUUCGCCGUUAUUGUAUGUCAGCUCGUGUGGCUACUGCUUUGAUCAACAGGAUGCCUUUGCCAACAGAUUUCUUAGAUGAAGUACGCAAGAAGCUCCAUGAGAUGAUUCCAGAAGAUGAACUUCUCACUACAGAACAUGAGAACCACACCAUUUUUAAACAGGAACAUGAUGAGCAACUUAUUUUAUGGGUGAACAGGAGACCAGAUGACUGGACAGUGGCUUGGGGAGGUAGUGGUACUAUUCAUGGCUGGGGUCAUAAUCACCGAGGUCAGCUUGGAGGUGUUGAAGGAGCCAAAAUUAAACUCCCCACACCAUGUGAAGCUCUCACUGCUCUCAGACCUGUACAGAUUGUUGGGGGAGAGCAAACCUUGUUUGCUGUGACUGCUGAGGGCAAGGUGUAUGCUACAGGUCAUGGUGCUGGAGGACGACUUGGUAUAGGAGGCACAGAGUGUGUUUCUAACCCCACCCUAAUUGAAAGUAUGCAGCACAUCUUUAUUAAGAAAGUAGCAGUUAAUUCAGGUGGCAAACACUGUCUAGCUCUUUCUGCAGAAGGAGAGGUGUUUUCAUGGGGAGAAGGAGAUGAUGGAAAAUUAGGUCAUGGAAACAAGAGUUCAUGUGAACGUCCUCGUGUUAUUGAAACAUUGAGAGGUAAAGAGGUAGUAGAUAUAGCCUGUGGUGGAGCUCAUAGUGCUUGCAUAACAUCUGGUGGGGAACUCUACACUUGGGGGAAAGGUCGAUAUGGACGCCUUGGUCAUGGAGACAGUGAUGAUCAACUUCGGCCUAAAAAGGUGGAAGCUUUAGCUAGUUUUUCAGUUACUGAUGUGGCAUGUGGUAGUGGAGAUGCUCAAACUCUGUGUAUUACCAGUGAUGACAGUGUUUGGUCCUGGGGUGAUGGUGAUUAUGGAAAACUUGGAAGAGGUGGUAGUGAUGGUUCAAAGAUCCCUUUAAAGGUUGAAGCUUUACAAUCAAUGGGAGUUAUUAAAGUAGAGUGUGGUUCUCAGUUUUCUGUGGCACUGACUUGCUCUGGAAGUGUCUAUACCUGGGGUAAAGGGGAUUACCACAGACUUGGUCAUGGAACGGAUGACCAUGUUCGUCGUCCCAAGAAAGUGACAGCUCUUCAAGGCAAGAAAGUUACGUCUGUAGCAGUUGGGUCACUCCAUUGUGUGGCAUGCACUGAUACAGGAGAGGUUUUUACGUGGGGAGAUAAUGAUGAAGGCCAGCUAGGUGAUGGAACAACCAAUGCUAUCCAGAGGCCACGACUUGUGACUGCUCUUCAAGGAAAAAAAAUCAACAGAGUAUCUUGUGGGUCAGCUCACACCAUUGCCUGGUCAACCUGUAAGCCUAGCAACUCUGGACGCCUUCCCACUUCUGUUCCUCUAGAAUAUGAUCAUCUUCGAGACAUAAAAAUCUCUGUGCUGAGAAAUCGCUAUGCUCUGCUAUAUCACUUUUCAGAGCUCUUCUGUCCAGCUAUACCAAUGUUUGACCUUUCUUCUAGCAGAAUUCAAGGAAAUAAUACAGAUGGCCAAGGUCAAAUGACAUUGUUGUCUGGAAUAGAUAACUUAAGAGGACUCCUAGUCUCAGCUGGCAAGGAAAGCGUAUUCCGUAAAGUUGUACAGGCCACUAUGGUGAGGGAGAGACAGCAUGGUCCUGUGAUUGAACUUAACAGGAUUCAGGUAAAGCGAUCACGCUCGAAAGGCCGACUUGCGGGACCAGAUGGGACUAAGUCAGUUUUUGGUCAGCUAGUAGAGAAGGUCCCACUCUUCACACAAGAAAGUCUAUUAUUACCCCAUCGUGUAUGGAAGGUUAAAUUUAUGGGUGAGAGUGUUGAUGACUGUGGAGGUGGCUAUAGUGAGUCAAUAGCAGAAAUGUGUGAUGAACUCCAGAACGGGUCCUUGCCAUUACUUAUCCUAACACCAAAUGGUCGGGAUGAAGCGGGAACAAAUCGAGAUUGUUUUGUUUUUAAUCCUACAGCUCAGUCUUCUCUUCACCUGAACAUGUAUAAAUUUUUGGGUAUGCUGAUGGGAAUUGCUAUCAGAACAGGAAGUCCUUUGAGCCUCAAUCUUGCUGAACCAGUUUGGAAGUUGCUAGCUGGACAACAACUGACCCCUGCAGAUCUUACUGAGAUGGACAGAGAUUAUAUUCCAGGGUUAAUGUGUAUACGAGACAUGGAAUCUGAUGCCUUUCAAAAGCUAGACAUGCCAUUUAGUACCCACAGUUCUUCAGGCCAGGAGGUUUCCCUUAGCUCUAAAUACCACCAUAUUACUGAGGAAAAUCGAGCUGAGUUUGUGCGUCUUGCUCUUAAUUACAGGCUUAAUGAAUUUGAUGAACAAGUGGCUGCAGUUCGAGAGGGUAUGGCUCGUAUUAUUCCAGUCCCAUUGCUAUCCCUCUUCACCGGCUAUGAACUGGAAACUAUGGUAUGUGGUAACCCUGACAUUCCUAUCCACUUGCUAAAAGCUGUGGCUACUUAUAAAGGGGUAGAAUCUGAUUCUCAGCUUGUUCAUUGGUUUUGGGAAGUAAUGGAAGAAUUCAGCAACACUGAAAGAUCUUUGUUUUUGAGAUUUGUAUGGGGCAGGACCCGUUUACCACGUACUAUUGCAGAUUUCCGAGGCCGUGACUUUGUUCUUCAGGUCCUAGAUAAGUACAGCCCACCAGAUCACUUUCUGCCUGAAAGCUACACUUGCUUCUUCCUCCUCAAGAUGCCCCGCUACUCUAGCAAGAUUGUAUUACAGGAAAAGCUGAAAUAUGCCAUUCAUUUCUGCAAGUCCAUUGACACUGACGACUAUGCACGGGUGGCUUUGAGUGAGGGUGAGGCAGAUGUCCAGGAUAAUACUUCUCCAGACAGUGAAAGUGAUGAAGAUGACAGCCUUGAAUCUGGACCACUAGUAGACUGUGUAUCUGUCACGUCACAGUGACAGGAAACAUCAUAUAUAUAUAUAUAUGAAAUUUAACUGAUUAAAUUUUGUGUAACGUCAAAAGUACAAUACUGGCUGAGAGUGAUAUGGAGUAGACAAUGCACUUCUGUUCAAACAGUGUAAUAUAGUUUUACCAGCAAGACAUUUAAGUAAUAGUCAGACUGAUUGCAGUGAUGUGUAUUAUCACCUUCUGGUUAUGUAUUUGGUAAUAUCAUUUGAAAGACAAUUUAUAUGCAAUUAUAUUUUUUAAAUCAUUUAUUACCACAGCUAAGCCAGUUUGUAUUUAAAAUUCUAAAUUCUAAAAAUUUGUCAUUUUUGCUAAGAUAAUAAUGUGAAGAAAUAUGAAAACUGAGAAUAAAAUUUUUUUUAACUUCUAGAUCAUAGUAUGAUGGUUUUAAAAAAUUCACAGGAUUAGUUUAUUUUUGUUUAGCUAGUGUUUAAAGAAUUGUAACAGGAAAAGUAUAGCAUGAAAAUUUCCAUUUUCUAUAAUUACUCGGCUUAAAUAGAAAAACAAAGCAUCAUAAAUGUUAACAAAGCUGUUAACACAAGUUGUUGAUGAGUGUAUUUGUAAAAUCAAUUUGACACUUAGAACUGAUCUGUAGCUGUGUAGAUUGGAUUGAUCAAAUUAGCCUGCAUUAAUGGUUACAAAAUCAUUUUUUUAAUUUAAUACAUGCUUGUGGAUCUUACUGUUAUGAUAUAUAAUGAAAAAUCAGUUUGCAGGAUGUUUCAUUGGAACUGUAACAUAUCUAAAACAUUUUAGCUGGCUACAUUUUUUUUAACCCAUAAUUUAAUCUCAAGUCUUAACAGCUAGCACACCACCAGUAUGGUCAUUGUAAAGAACCACACUAACAAACAUGAUAUAUUAAACUGUAAAAUUACCCAACUUCUCUUAUUUAUUCUACACAAAUUAUAUGUAAUAUCCUUGACAUAAUCAUUCUACACAUAUUUUACAAUGUUUGUGAUACUUUUCUAAUUAAACUAUCUAUAAUUCUGCUGAUCUAAUCAUCCAGAAGGUUCCUGUCUAUACAGUACUUUACAGUUAUUCUAAAUAUAUUCUGCCUGGAACCUAUCUACAAUGUUUAACACAGUCAUUGAAAACAUUUCAAAACAUCCCUGUUCCUUCUAAAGACUUGUCCCAGAAAGUCAUUUGUAUGUUCAUUCUAAGCAUCAGUUAUGUAGUGUCUGUCAUACCGAUGACAUAAUCAUUAUAAACACAUUGUGAUACAUAGAACUUGCACCUUUGCUGUAAAACUCAUCACAAAGUCAAUUUGAAACACUUUGCUACAUCCUCAGUACAUACAGUGUUAGUGUUUGUAAUUUAUGUAACCAACUUACUGACAUUAUAUCAUCAAAGAUACUUAAUUCCUUCCUGUAAUAUUCAUGAUGUUAUCAUUCUAUAAACACACACUUAAUAUCCUCUAUACAUGUAACUUUAGCAUAGAGUCUAUCUGUUACAAUGAUAUUACUUUAAUCACAUGUUUCAGUUCAUGAUACACUGAAUUUAAGUAUCUUUUUUUAUAUAUGCAAUCUAAACACUUUUUACAUUCAUUCUCCAUAUCUAAGGUUUGUUGUGGAAUUAUUUAAAAUUUGCAGGAAAAUAGAAAUCACUCUCGCAAGUAUUUGAACUUUUGACUUGGUAAGUGGCUUUAUGAGGUAAUCUGCCUCUACUGUGCUCUUUGACCUUUAUUAAAUACAUUAGUAAGGGGUUAUAAACUUGAGUUUACAUUGCUGUGCUAGUGUGAAGCAACAGUUGGGAUUAUUACUGUUCCAUGACGAUUUGUGAAUCAUACUAGAAGAAUUGUAUUCUUAGAAUCCUGUAGAAAGCUUGUUCAAAAAAGUUUUCUUAUAAAAAAAUUAAUGUGUAUCUACAAUUCUGUGUUUAUAGCAACGUGAGUAAAUAUGUGGAUGGCAUUUGUGUUAAAUUUCAUUCACAGUCAGUGUUCUCACUGAGUGUACUGGAAUAUUUACCAUUGUUUUCAGCAACAAAAACUGUGAUAGUAUUGUGGAGUAGUAAAGUGUAUAUUGAAUAGCAAGUGGAGUGUUAUUGUCUGGAGCAAAAGAAGCUGGUUAAUAAGUGGAAGAAUGUACAUACCUGGUUUGAUAAUCUGUACAUGAAACGAAGAGGGAGCUUCAAACUUGUGUUUUUGUACUUCUGUAUCAGUUCAAAGUUCUCAAAACUCAACAUCUGUUGUCAUUUUGGUAGAAUCUAUGUACCUUGUGGAUAAGCUUAUUGGUGUUUUAUGAAAUGAAUACAUAAGAUCAAAACAACCAUUUCACUUUUGAUGGAUAAAACAAGACAGAGCAUCUUUAGCAAAAUUGAUGUUGUUGUUUUUCUGUACAUUAUCAAAUAAAGUUUCUGCUGCUGCUUAAAAUUCAA